GUCAGACCCUAAAUCCUUAAACUCAAUUAUUUGGAGGUAAAUAAGACUAUUUUGUUUCAUUUUGACUAGUCUCUGGUUAAUUAAACGUUGUCUUCAGUCUUCACUGUUGAGUCCACUCAAUAUUAAUAGUAGUUACCACACAAAAGUAACAGAAAAAUAGUUGAGGAUAGUAUUUCACAAAUAUUAAUGUAAUUUAGGAUUAAUGUUAUCUAAUAAGUCAAAAGGGCCCUGAUUGAUUUGAGGAUAUAAAAGCAUGACUCUAAUAGCAACUCCAUCCUAAAAGGAGUUUUUAAACUAUGACAUGGGACAUUUCAUGUUUCUUUUAAGAAUAACUCAAUUUUUAUACUAAUAUUUCCUUUUAAUUGUUUCUGAGAAUUUCUCACUCAUUUUAGCCAGGGAUGGAGAUAUUUCAACUCCAACCACUUUAGUUAAGUUAAAGGCUUGUUAGUUGAGAAAGGGGUAAUUAAAAGUUUGUUUGUUGAAACAGAAGAAAAAGAUGAAUUUCUCCUAACAAAUCAUCUUAAGUUAGUUUUGUUGAGACGUAACUGUAAUGUUAGAAAUUGUUUUUUCCUACAGUAAAAGUUUUGAAAUGUUGUUGUGAUUGUCAACAAAAAAGGACGUGUCAAAUCACAGACAAUAGUGGAGUGAUUUAUAGACAAGCAUACAGCAACACUGUAUGUGGCAAGUAUAUCUUGCUCGAUUGAUUGGUCUGUUUUGAGCAAAAUAUGAAUAUCAAACGUAUCUAUUGAAGUGCUGGACCGUGUGUGCUCUCUAGCUAUUUUGAUUUAAUAGGAAUCUGCUUUUUUGGUAUUGCAUUGCACCAACUCAAAAUUAUGAUGUGAUCGGAAUCUUUUGUCUUUCUUUUGUCUAUCAUAUCCACACAUGCGUGGGAAUCCCUGCUACUGUUGUUUAUUUUAUGAAUUUACUUUUAAUUAGUUUUCUCCCGUUCAUUGUAUAGCUUAUGGAUUUCGUUUUAAGAAAAUAAAAAUAUUAUAUCACAUAAAACAAAAGGAUAAUAAGUUUAAAAUACAUCAAGGUGUGUGUUUCGAAAGGGAAAUUUACGAUUUACACUUGAAUAUCCCUUAUAUAUUAAAAGAGAAGCAUUACAACAUAUUUUUGUACCUACAUAUCAUCACCAUAAUCAUUCUUAGAAUUUUUAGAAAAAUAUGUUGGUCCAUAUAAAUAUAUAAUAAGCUUUUUAUUAAACUAACCAUAAAUUAAUCAUAAAUAUUCUUCAUUAUUUCCUUAAAUAAAAAUCACGGAAUUACCUAAUGUGGUUAAAGUAUAUAUAUGACAAUUAAUGAUUUUGAAUAAUAAAGAUUUGAUAAAAAUUAGUAUAUUCUCUAUCAUUUUUUUUAAUUUUAAAUUAUUAAAAUAAAUUAAACAACCACAUUAACUAUGUAAUAAAAAUUUAGAUUUUUUCGUAUAUUUUAUAUUUUGAAUUUUUAAAAACGAAUAUAAAUGACUUAAGUUGCUAAAAAUCUCACAUAUAAAUUUUUGUGAUCCAUGGUUUAAAAUUUAUGUUAUAACAAGAUACAAAUGAUUACAAAAUUACAUAAAUAGGAAGUCUCAUUUAAUAAAUAUUAUAUAUAUAUGUAUAUUAAUAGUUCUUAAAAAUAAAUUAUAUACCAUAUAAAAUACAUGAGUAUUUUAAUUUCGAAUUUGCUUUGAAUUUUUUUUAUAAACAUUUUGAAAAUAAUUAUUAUUUCAUAAUAUGUAAAAAAUAUAUAAUACUUGAAAAUAAUUUAUAUAUAAUAUUCAUUCCGUGCAAGGCGCGAGUCUUAACCUAGUAUAUUAUUAUUAACAAAGUUCAACACCCAAAAAACUAGACAAGUUCACCCAAAAAACUAGACAAGUUCACCCAAAAAAGAGAGAUGUAGUAGUAUAAGUAAUAAGUAAUAACUAACGAACCGCAUGCUUAUGUAUUAUUGGCAUCAUUUUUAUAUUUGUAUUUGAAUAUGAUUUUUCUCUUAUAAACCACACUAAAAAUAAUCUAUAAGAUAAUUAAAAAAGACUUUGCGGCUUAAAAGUCACUAAUAUUCAUAUUAUAUCAUCAAAAUUAAGUGCUUUCUGUUAGAUAACCGUAUAGGUAAUGAGCUUUACAUAUCACAUGUGGGAGACUAAUUGAACACAUCACAUUUUAAUAUUAAUUAUUUCCUUUAAAAGUAUUUAAUGGCAAAGCCUAAAAUGUUUGUUGUAUUUAUAACCACUUUUUAUCAAUCGACACUUUUUUUUUUUGGCAUCAAUCAAUCGACUACUGGCGCCGAUUAUUUAUAAAACUACUGUUAUAAGGUGUAGAAAACUGGUUGAUAUAGUACGGCACCUCUUUAAACUAUUCAAUGAAUAAGCUGAUUGAUAUUUAUUUGAAUCAGACUUUUUUUUUAUUUAGAUUUUCGCUUAUUUCCUAUUUGUCUCAUUUCAAACGGAAUUUUUUUAUGAAUUUUCAUAUGGAAGCAGAAAUGAAAUAAUGGAACGAGAAAAAAAAUAAAAAAUAGCCCACAUGCAUGCACUAUAAAUUACAAGAGAGUUUGCUUACAGUCAAUGAUUCAAAGUUAAAAUCAUGCUGUAAAAAUAAAGGAUCCCUUUGUAACAUAUAAAGAAAUAAAGGAGCGUAUUGGGAAAACUGGAAAAGCGACAAGUUACAGAUUUCACAUAAAUAAAUGUAAGAGGCAUCGUGAUAUAGUUAAUUUAAACAUUUAUAUUGACAAAAUUCCAGCUCAGUAAUGUUAAGUUGUUGUUGUUAAAAAUAAAUCCUAUAGAAAGAAAAGUUAAUAUGAUCAUUGAGAUUAUAACCGUGUUGGGUCACUGCUUACUUGUACAUGGUAAUUGAAAGUGAUGUUUACAGUAGUUCUUCAUAAUUAAAAAAUCCUAUCUACUUGCUAAUAAAGCCUGAUUUUGUUAAUCAGGUAGACGAUCUUGUCUUAAUCCCGCUGUCUAUGUCUAAUCAUUUCCAUUAUACUGUUGUCUUCCUGCUGUUUUUCCCUGCUUCUUAGAAAUUUCUUUGUAAAAAUACUAUUAUAAUUGAGCUCACAUGUUCUUAUAUCGUAUAAGAAUAUAGUUAGCCACCCUAAAUAUCGCAAUAUAACACAAAGUAAUAUCUUCUAGAAGUUAGUUUUUAUUCCUUCUUUUUUUGAAACAAGUUAGUUUUUAUUCCUAUGAUGUUUUUAGGGGUAAACUCUUAUAACAUCUUUAAACAUAGCUGUUCAACAAAAAUUUUAAAGUUUUAUAAGAGAGUGAUAUAAUAUCAAUACGCUAUAACCUCUCAUUUCAGAAGUCAGACAUUGUUUUUAAUUCCAUUUUCGAACAUACAAUAGACUAAACUGAGUUUUUGAAAUCGGUUGUAUAGCUAAACUGUAAAUUAAAUGGCUAGCUAGGGUGUUUCCAAUUAUCAAAAUCCCACUAUUCCAUAAUUUCUUAUACUGACUACACAGUCAAUUGCCUACUAAAUAUGGGCUACCAAAUCAUGGUUGGUAGUGAGAAAGGCUGUUUGGAUGUAAUUAGGAAUAGAUGAUAAGAGUCUCUUUAGCCGCAUUACUUGACUGUUCCUUCAUACACCAAAAGCCCUUUCUUCUAACCAUUUUCAAACAUAACAUUGUUUCGUAUUUUUGUUUCUGAUUUCUAGAGCUAAAGCCUAUAGUUUUCGAGGGUUUCCCUAAAUCUGCAUCGCUUUCUUUUUCUUCUCUCUUAUUUUUUCCCCAAUGUUUGACUAAUUUCUCUCGAAAUCAUUAUCUGUAUAGGCCAUUGUCAUAUAUACUAGUUGUAGCAUCCCGAUUUUUUUUUCUUCUUAUUAGGAGAUCUCCUAAUACCUAAUACUUUUGGUUCUUCAAUGUUUGACCAGUUCAGUAAACAUUUAGUAUUUUCUUUUUAUUGUGUGUUUUGGUGUAUUCAAAUAUUGAGUUUUGUUGUAGAAUUUUGUUUCUAAAUUUGUUUGAAACUCUGUUCAGGGCAAUUCUAAUGAAAACACAUGAUCCACUACCGCUUCGUUAUGACUUAUAUCUCGCAGUAAAUCAUUGCAAAUCCACUAGAAUUUGAGAAUAUAAGUGAUGAUCUCAAAAUAUUCUUGUGUGACUUUUAGUCCCACUUGUAUUGCCACCUUAAACCUAGAUGCAUCUUCUUUAUAUAACAAAGAGUAAUAGGAUAAGCUUGAUUUUCAAGGGUGUCUCCUUCUUUACUUCCGACACGAGCUUACGUACAAACGCACCAAGUUAAUCUUUCUUUGUUCAUCAUAUCACUUACGUACUCUUUAAAACAACCAAAUUAACCACGAUGGGUUUUGUUUUAAUUUUAAACUCAAGAUCGUCUGUCAAACCUUCUUCUCUGGGUAGACGUAUAUCUCUCUCUCUACCCUUUUAGGGUUUCUCAAACCUUUUAGUAUACUAGAGUGUCUUCGUGAGCUCUAGAAAGAAUCAGAAACUACAGACUACAGUGUUUUUGUUUUGUUUUUUCCUUCAGACGCACAACAAAAUAUUCCUCAAAUCGUUAUCCGGAAUAAAUAUUUAUUAGAAAAAUGUGUUUGAAUAUUUUAGAACGAUAGUACUAUUUAAUUAGACGUUCUAAAUUUUAAAAAAAUAAGAAAAAGAGUGUAAUGGACCCAAGUAUCAAUAUUGGGUUUGCUGUAGCCUGUAAUAAAUCACAUAUUUUUGUUAUAGUACUCACAAAAUACAAAGAAAAUUAAUAAAAUGAAAUACAAAUGAGACUUAUGAUGAGGGAAGGAACAACUUUAAUCUUUUACUUUAUAAGUAGGGAACACACAAGUGAUUUUUCGGGUCGUGUCAUGUGAAUAAAGGCUAAGUUGCUCUGUAACCCAGCAGUGAUAUCCCAUAAUUCUUUUUGAUUCAAGACAAAUUCUUAAACCUAACCAUUUUGAUUCAUCACUAACGAACGAAACAUACAUAUUUUAGAUUUCUGAAGAUUUAUAAUACUGCAAUCAUGGACCAGUAAUUAUAAUAAAGAAAAAAUGGCAAUCGAAACAGUUCUUUUUUGUUUUUAAGAUUUUAAAUAUAUACCAUCUCUAAGGAUUGUAUUGUUCGUAGUCAGGACCAGCUUAAUUGUGUCAUGGGUGUUGGACAAAAAAAAAAUAAUUUCUAAAUUAUUAUUUUUCUUUACAAAAUCUGAUAGAUAUAUGUUUCUUUUAAAAUACCAGAAACAUUUUUAAAAAUAAAUCUAUAGAAACAAAAAAAUACUUUCAUAAAAAAAUUGGACUAUUUUCUUAUUUUUAAUAUAAAAAUAUAUGUAUUUUAAAAAAUAUCGGAAUCUUAUCUAAUAAGAAAUAGGGGGACAACGGAUUGGGCCUGGGGUGGUUGCACCGCUCGCCCCUAGAUAGCCGGCCUUGUUCGUAGUCGUCGGAUGGUGUUGGUUAAUGUAGUCGAUGUGUAUAUCACUAAUUACGUUCAAGUCCGACUGUAUGUUGUUAAGAAAAUAGAUUAGAAAAUUAUAGCCUCUAAAUUGAGGCAGAAACUAAUCUGUUUUACUAAUUUCACUUGGAUAACUAAUGAUAAGUUAAGAGUUUUAUGAUUUCAGGUUUCAAAAAUGUUAUUUCGUUAUAUUUAUUUAUACUUUCUCCAAAAUUUUAAGGCUUUCAUAUUUUUGAAAAUGAUUACAAUAUAUACUAAGCACUUGUUAAAAUUUUCACUAGAAACACCUGAUAGAUUUUAACUAAGCAUGUUCCGAGAAAUGAUCCAGUAUAUACACAUGAAGCUCAUUUUAACCAUUAUGUUAAUGACUUAAUGUUAAUAUGGCAUAGUAUUUAUUAAAAAUAGGUAAAUAAAAAGAUGAUUGGUGUUUGUGGGGACAGAGACAUAGUCACAUAAGCUGUCGAGAAAGACACGUGGCAAUGAUUACCAGUUGUCAGACUCCUCCUCCUCCUCUUUUAAACACACUCUCCUCCUCUCUCUCUCACAAACUCACUUCCCCUCACCAAAAGCUUUUCUUCUUCAGACAUGGAGACUUGGGAGAAGCCAUCUUCUAGAGGUCACCACCGUAACCCUUCCUUCUCCUCCACUCUCCUCGACCAUAUCUACCGCUCCAUCGACGACAACUCCCCUCCCUUAGAACCCACAAGGAAGAAGAAACCUCUCCAUGAGGAUCUCGACACUUCUCCAGACAAACUAGUCUUUCACCGCCGCUCAAUAGCUGCUGACUUCGAAAGAUCCAGGCGAACCACCACCACCGCCGCCGCCGCAGACUCUGUUUUCCUCAGAUAUUCCAACUCCACCUCCUCUGACUCAAGCGGACUCUCCUCCUCCGAGUCAGACUCCUUCUACGGACGUUCCAAAUCCUCUGCAUCUCCUCCGCAACCUAAACCAAUCCGUACCUCCGCCGUGAGCUCCGGCGAGAGAACCAACACUAAACAAGAACUCGGUGGCUUCUUGAGAACCAAGUCAAAAGCGUUGAAGAUCUACACCGACUUGAAAAAAGCGAAACAACCAAUCUCUCCAGGAGGACGGCUCGCUACGUUCCUCAACUCGCUCUUCACCAACGCAUCCACUAACCCUAAGAAGCCCAAGAAAAACACCACUUCCAUCUCUGUCUUGUCGGAGACACAGUCAUCCUCCACCACGUGCUCCUCAGCGUCGUCUUUCUCUAGGUCUUGCCUAAGCAAAACUCCCUCGUCUAGUGGAAAAUCUAAAAGGUCCGUACGGUUCUGUCCGGUGAAUGUGAUCCUCGACGAAGAUUCCUCCGUUUACAUCCCUUGCGGUAACGACACCAAACGUUAUCGCCAAGUUAUGGAGGAGGAGAAUCGUCGCGUUAUCGAAGCGGCCAAGGAUCUUAUCAGAACGUACCAAAAGAACAAGGAUCUUUUGGCCGUGACAACGUGCCAUGACGUUGAAGAUGAUGAUGAUGCGGCGAGUUGUGCUAGCUCGGAUCUGUUCGAGUUGGAGAAUCUUUCGGCGAUUGGGAUCGAGCGGUAUCAAGAAGAGUUACCAGUGUAUGAGACCACUCGUUUAGAUAAUACUAAUCGAGCCGUUGCUACAAGUUUAACUGUAUAAUAAUAAUGUUUUAGUUAAGUGGUUGGGGGUGAUUAGUGUAUUUUUUUUCUUAUAUUGUUCUUUCUUAAAUUCUCUUAUGUUAGUAACUUUUGUGUAACAAUAUAUAUGUUAAAUCAUGGUAUAUUUUUGGGUCA